UGAAGUAGAAACCUAUAUUAGGGGAAAACCAGGGUCCUCGGCAUUUUUGCGAGCAGUGCACCCAGAAUCCAAAAAAGAUUUUUUAAAAAGAAGAAAGAAGGAAAGAAAGAAACCACAGUCCUUUCGGUCACACGGACAGGGCUACGAAUUCCUCUCUCUGUUGGACAUCAGCACCGGGGAUUCAUUUUUGAGGUCAAUUUCCAAUCGAGAUAAAUCUAUUGGAUUAGUAGGAUUAUCUGAUUGCAGCUGAAAGAAGUAACGUUGUUUGAUCAUUUGUAUUUCUUGCCUGAUGGUCGGAUCUCCAUGGAGGUGGCUUUGGGUCCCCAGGAUUCUGGAUCCCGGUUGCAGCUGGAGAGAAAAAAGGAUCAAUUGGCACGUUUUGGAAGUGUCCGUGGGUGAAUAAAAAAAAAAAAAAGAAAAGAAAAGAAAAAAGAAAAAGAAAAAAGGAGCGGGGGGGGCGCAACACUGGGGUUGCGGCUGCUUAAAGAAGAAGAAAAAAUAAAUAAAGGAAGCAUCUUGAAUUCUGAAACACUAUUUCGGGGAGGGGGGUGUUUCAAGAUUCCAAAACAAAAAGGGGGACUAGAAACUGGUAAAUACUUUGACUGAUUCAGCUUGAAUUCGAAGGCGAAGUGUUGUAGAAACUGUCUCCUUGACUGGUUGGAAGGGGACUGGGGAAGAUGAGGGGUGCCCCUCGGUGGAUUUGUCUUACUGAGGGAUAGAGAUCUGCAGCUAAGUGGAUUUGAUUUAUAAGAGGGAAUCUACAGUCAAUGGCCUCUCUCCCCACGUAGCUACUAUGGAAAACAGAGUGGUCAAUAGGAUUUGGUCUGAUAAAUAGUGAUGACUGAAGAUGCUCCUUCAAUACAUGUGAAUCAAUGGGAGAUGCUGGCUGCAGGAAGAGCUUUCUGAGCUUUUCUCGGCAAGUUCACCUUUAAGAAAUAAGAGGUGCAUUCUACCAUUAUAAGGUCUUUCUCAAGUGGAUACAGAUACUUUUGCCUCACUGUAACCGGACAACUAGACAACUAAUGUGGGACUAUGGCACUGCCCAGAUGCACGUGGCCAAGUUAUGUGUGGAGAGCAGUAAUGUCAUGCUUGUUACACAGGGGACUGGGCGCCUCGUUGACUCUCUGUGUGUUGGCAUGUUUGCUUCAGGCUGCCCACGUACUCUCCCAAAAAUUGGAUGAUGCAGACCCACUGGUGACUACCAACUUCGGCAAGAUCAGAGGGAUUAAGAAAGAACUCAAUAAUGAAAUCUUGGGGCCUGUUAUUCAGUUUCUGGGGGUUCCAUAUGCAGCACCGCCAACAGGGGAACAUCGUUUUCAGCCUCCAGAGCCACCAUCCCCCUGGUCAGAUAUCAGGAAUGCCACUCAAUUUGCUCCCGUGUGUCCCCAGAAUAUCAUCGAUGGCAGGUUGCCAGAAGUCAUGCUUCCUGUGUGGUUUACUAAUAACUUGGAUGUGGUUUCAUCAUAUGUACAAGACCAGAGUGAAGACUGCCUGUAUUUAAACAUAUAUGUCCCAACUGAGGAUGAUAUUCGGGACAGUGGGGGUCCUAAACCAGUGAUGGUGUAUAUCCAUGGUGGCUCAUAUAUGGAAGGUACUGGAAAUUUAUAUGAUGGGAGUGUCUUGGCAAGUUAUGGCAAUGUGAUCGUCAUCACAGUCAACUACCGACUUGGGGUACUUGGUUUCUUGAGCACAGGAGAUCAGGCUGCAAAAGGAAACUAUGGACUCCUUGAUCUCAUACAGGCUUUAAGAUGGACUAGUGAAAACAUUGGAUUCUUUGGUGGUGACCCCUUAAGAAUCACUGUUUUUGGAUCUGGCGCUGGGGGUUCGUGUGUCAAUCUGCUGACUUUAUCCCAUUAUUCUGAAGGUAACCGUUGGAGCAAUUCAACCAAAGGACUUUUUCAACGAGCAAUAGCUCAAAGUGGAACAGCCCUUUCCAGCUGGGCGGUUAGUUUCCAACCUGCAAAAUAUGCUAGAAUGUUGGCCACAAAAGUUGGCUGCAAUGUUUCAGAUACAGUAGAAUUGGUGGAAUGCCUACAGAAGAAGCCUUACAAAGAACUUGUUGACCAAGAUAUUCAACCAGCACGAUACCACAUAGCCUUUGGACCUGUGAUUGAUGGCGAUGUAAUACCAGAUGACCCUCAGAUAUUGAUGGAGCAAGGAGAAUUUCUCAACUAUGAUAUAAUGUUAGGAGUUAACCAAGGAGAGGGAUUAAAAUUUGUUGAAAAUAUAGUAGAUAGUGAUGAUGGUAUAUCAGCUAGUGAUUUUGACUUUGCUGUUUCCAAUUUUGUUGAUAAUUUAUAUGGAUAUCCGGAAGGCAAAGAUGUUCUGAGAGAAACCAUUAAAUUCAUGUAUACUGACUGGGCUGACCGUCAUAACCCUGAAACCAGAAGGAAGACAUUACUGGCCUUGUUUACGGACCAUCAGUGGGUGGCACCAGCUGUUGCUACAGCAGAUCUUCACUCAAACUUUGGUUCACCUACAUAUUUCUAUGCCUUUUACCAUCAUUGCCAAACAGAUCAGGUUCCUGCGUGGGCUGAUGCAGCUCAUGGAGAUGAGGUUCCCUAUGUACUAGGAAUCCCCAUGAUUGGACCUACAGAGUUAUUUCCUUGUAAUUUCUCCAAAAAUGACGUGAUGCUGAGUGCAGUUGUAAUGACAUACUGGACAAAUUUUGCUAAAACUGGUGAUCCAAAUCAACCAGUUCCUCAAGACACAAAAUUCAUCCAUACCAAACCCAACCGCUUUGAAGAAGUAGCAUGGACCAGAUAUUCCCAGAAAGAUCAACUUUAUCUCCAUAUUGGAUUAAAACCAAGAGUUAAAGAACAUUAUAGAGCCAAUAAGGUGAACCUCUGGUUGGAGCUGGUACCUCAUCUGCAUAAUCUCAAUGACAUUUCUCAGUAUACCUCUACAACAACUAAAGUGCCAUCAACGGACAUCACUUUCAGACCUACGAGAAAAAAUUCUGUACCUGUCACGUCAGCCUUUCCCACUGCCAAGCAGGAUGAUCCCAAACAACAACCAAGUCCAUUUUCAGUGGAUCAGAGGGACUACUCCACAGAGCUGAGCGUUACGAUAGCAGUUGGAGCAUCACUGCUGUUUCUGAACAUCUUGGCAUUUGCAGCCCUGUACUACAAAAAGGAUAAGAGGAGACACGAUGUUCAUAGGAGAUGCAGCCCUCAGCGUACGACCACCAACGAUCUGACCCAUGCACAAGAAGAGGAGAUCAUGUCCCUCCAAAUGAAGCACACUGAUUUGGAUCAUGAAUGUGAGUCCAUCCAUCCACAUGAGGUGGUUCUUCGGACCGCCUGCCCCCCAGAUUACACAUUAGCGAUGAGGAGGUCACCUGAUGAUGUUCCCUUAAUGACACCCAACACGAUCACAAUGAUUCCCAACACUAUACCAGGGAUUCAACCCUUACACACAUUCAAUACAUUUACCGGAGGACAGAACAAUACGCUGCCCCAUCCCCAUCCGCACCCCCAUUCACAUUCAACAACCAGGGUAUAGCCAGAUAACAGAAACAAACUCUAUUUUUUUGAUGGAUUGCAGUAAAAGAUUACUGAAGAUUCCUUGGCUUUCAACCUACAAAACUCUUACUAUUUAAAUAAGGAGGAAUAUUAUGUGAAUAUACAUAUCAAGGACUUUGGGGGUUUUGAAAAAAAUGAAUUGUAUAUAUAUAUAUAUAUAUAUAUACACACAAAUCAACUCUAAAAAUGAAUUUCAAUUGCUUGAAGCAAUUGUUCUGAAUGAUACUUUUUCAUUCACAUUCAAGAAUUAAUUUUUUGAAGAUUUAUGUUACAUAAUGGAAUUAGGCAUGUGGAACACCAAACAGGAAAGAACUAUGUCUGAAAUAUAAAACAAAUAAAAAUAAAAAAACAACCAUGAAUAUGCACAAGGGACACACCAAUGGAAUGUCAGAUAAUUUUCACCAGUUUUUAUUUGGAACCGUUUUAUUGUGUAGACCAUAUUUACAUAUUUGGAUAAGUACACAAAACACCAAUGCUGUUAAUGGCCUUAGCGGAGGCUCAUGCUGAAAUUUGCCAGUAAAACAGAGAAGUUUAAAGACUGGCAGGUACAUUAUCACAUAAGUGCUGUCAGUAUAAAGUUGUGGGGAUACAGGAAACUGGAUAUUUUUAGCACGAUGUGCAUGAUAAUCUAUAUGCUUGGUGGCUGUGCUGCUGAUUAAGCCGUAAUUAAAAUUCUUCUCAUCCCAUUGGAGUCUUUAAUAGGAGCUUCCUCCAUCAAUUGGCAGAACCGAAAGAAGAUUUUAAGGGGCAAAAGUAAUUACAAUUAAAUAAUUCACAGUAGUUUUGAUAAUAGAAAGAAUUAGUUCUUAAAGGUAUUUGAAGAAACUAUAGGUAUAGUGAUGAAUACUCGCUGAUAUUAAUUCCAAGAACAAACAAUUUCCUGUGUUCUUAAUGUUCUUUUCAUUCCCAUCUAAAUUAUUUAUAAAAAUGUAAUCCUAAUUGGACAUGUGUUAUAGAAUCCAUAAUUUGCUGUGGUUUUUGUUACUCUGUAUUUUGUUUCCUCUGGUAAGAUGAAGUGUGUCCAAAGAGUUACUUGCAGCAGUCUUUUAUGAAAUGAGGAUGCCCCAAAUUACCACUCUGGUUAUAGCUCUCAGUUAAUUGAUUUACUCAUGUUGCAUGACAAAAUGUUUACUAAUAAUAAUUCAAUAUAAAAUUAUGUCCCUCCUCACACCACUUAUCUUUCUUACUGAGGUCAUGUCACUGGAAUUUACUUGUGCAAUCUCAGUAGAGUACAACGUAGAUGCAGAACCUAAGAGAGACAACAUCUGGGGGAUUUUAGUCUUACACUUACGUGUGAUUUUCAAUGAAUAUUCUAAGACCACAGGAAACUCUUCAUCCCCUGUUGUUUACCGGUAACAGUAUAUCACAGACCUAUCCAAAUGUUUGUAUAUGUAAUCAGAUGUACAUUUAUAUUAAAAAAUGAGAUGGACUUAAAGAGCACAUCCUGAUAAAUACUUUCUCUCUUACCUGUACUAUAUUUCUAUUAGACUAAAGUUAUGUGAUUUUUUUUUACAUUUUUUCAGAUGACUAGCAAUUUUGAUAGUUUGUAAGAUAAUGCAAAGAACUUUCUCUGACAAACUAACUGCAGUAACAGAAACCUUUCUUUUCAGUUACUCUUUUUCAAGAAUGAAAGCUUAUUAUACAAAAAAAUUGUAUACUACUUGAUGGAAAAAAAACUUUGUACAUCUUGGCCAUGUCAUUGGUCAUUGCGUGAAAUAAAGAUAAACUGGAUAAUGACUAUUAGUCCAAUGAUAAGAGACAUGAUCUUUGCUCAUUAAAGAGCUAAAAUGUUUAUUGCUGUUUUGUCUUUUUUUUAAAAAAAAAAAUAGAAAAGAAACAUGACUGUCUCAGAGUCAUUUUUCUAGACCAAUCGAAUUUUUGAAGACAUUUAGG